AAUGAUAUUGUUAUUAAGUAAAAAAUCGCAAUAUGCUACGUCGACUUAUAGAUUGUUGUAGUCUACGUAAAUUAGAUUAUUGUUACUCGAAAAUAGUACAAAAUUUGUAAUUAAUGUUAUACAACAUACGAAGUUACUUACAUUAUUGAAAAUAAUCUUUCUUUUUAUCUUAUAAAAUAAUAACAAUAGUAAUAAUAGUAAUAAUACAAAAAAUAUUGCUACGUUUAACCAUAUUCGAAGUUUAGUGAUAUUAGGAGGGGCUUAAAAUUUUCAUUGUUUUUCAAUAAUAAUCUCUUAAAAUAAUACAAUCAAAAUGAUAGAGGAAAAUGUUUACGAAACAAGGCCAAGUGUAUUUAAUUACACUGAGGCGGACGACAGAACACCAUUAUUACCAAAUACUCAAAGCAAUAUGGCAGAAAAAACAGCCGGAAUUUCUCAAGAAACCCUUGUUUCCCGAGGUGGACAAACAAUCAAAGCAAAGAGGCUUCCUCAAUAUAUUGCAAGUUUAGCAGCUACAUUAGGAGCUGUGGCAGCAGGAAUGACAUUAGGAUGGACCUCACCAGCUGGAUUAAAUGGUGUCAAUUUAAAAGCUAUAUCUGAUGUUCCUAUUAGUUUAGAAGAGUUCUCAUGGAUCGGAGCACUCACACCACUUGGUGCUGCAGUAGUAUGCGUACCAAUUGGUAUUCUUACAGAUAUAAUAGGCAGAAAGCUUUCUAUGUUAAUACUCACGAUUCCGUUUACAAUUGGCUGGCUAUGUAUUAUUUUUGCCAAUUCUGUAACUUUAUUUUAUAUUGGAAGGUUCAUUACAGGUGUUAGCGGUGGAGCUUUUUGCGUUACAGCUCCUAUGUACACCGCAGAAAUAAGUGAAAGUGAAAUUCGUGGAAGUGUGGGUUCAUAUUUUCAGUUACUCCUCUCUGUAGGUAUUUUACUUACGUACCUUUUAGGUACCUGCGUAAAUAUGUUGUACUUAUCUAUUAUAUGUGCGGCUGUACCAAUAAUCUUUUGUAUAAUAUUCUUCUUCAUGCCUGAAACUCCUACAUUUUAUUUAAUGAAGGGAAAUGAAAAUGCUGCUAUAGCAAGUUAUAUUCGACUUCGCGGAAAUCAAUAUAAUUUUGAGCCAGAAUUAAUUGCACAGAAAGAAGCAUUAGAAGAGUCUAGGAAAAACAAGGUAUCAUUUCUAACAUCAUUGAAAUCAAAAGCUUGUAAGAAAGCCAUAAUAAUAUCCUAUGGUCUUAUGUUAUUUCAACAAUUGAGUGGAGUAAAUGCUAUUAUAUUUUAUGCUGGUUCUAUAUUUUCUUCAGGAAAUAAUUCUCUUCAACCUGAUACAGCUAGUAUCAUAGUAGGUGUAAUGCAAGUAAUUGCAGUAUUUGUUAGUACAUUGAUAGUUGAUCGUUUAGGUAGAAGGUUAUUGCUUUCAAUAUCUAUUAUUGCUAUGUUUCUAUGUACACUCAUACUUGGUGUUUACUAUUAUAUUCAGGAAGAAGGAGAUGCAAGUAAUAUAAGCUGGUUACCUCUUUUAUCUAUUUGCGUUUUUAUAAUUUUAUUUUCACUUGGGUUUGGUCCUCUUCCAUGGAUGAUGAUCGGAGAACUUUUUGCUCCAGAAAUCAAAGGUGUUGCUGGCAGUAGUGCUUGUUUAUUGAAUUGGUUAAUGGCAUUUAUAGUCACCAAAGUUUAUUCUAAUUUAGUCAUUGCUUUACAUUCUUAUGGUACAUUUUGGUUAUUCUCACUCAUUUGUGCUAUUGGUAUCGCUUUUGUCCUAUUGUUGGUCCCAGAAACGAAAGGAAAAACAUUAGAACAAAUUCAACGCGAAUUAAACGCUUAGUUAGGUAUUUAGAAGAAAUCUCUAAUAUGUAAAAUAUAUUUUUAUAUAAGAGAUUAAACAUUUUCAUAUUGCAAGACUGAUUCUUUUGUAAAUUUUGAAAGUCUGUAAUAUGUUUUAGACGAAUAUAUAUAUAUAUAUAUAUAUAUAU